UGUUGUUCUGGGUUUAAAGGAACAGAGAUAGUAGAGCUCUCCCGCUGAGUUUAUGCAAGCCUGAUUCGAUCCUUUGUGAAUAUCUGCCUCUUUCCGCUCCCCCUUCAGGAGCCUGGGCUGUGGGCGGCUCCAGUACUGCCCUGGGAAUGCAGCCUCCAAAGACUCCGGCUUGCUGAGCUAUUUCUCAAGGUUCCUGGAACACUAAUGCUCCCACCAGCCUCGUACGACUGAAUCCUCUUAGCGGCUCUGCAAUGACUGUGAAGCAAUUCAACGUUUAAAAGGUAGCAAAACCGAGAUGUCUUCUAUUUUUUUUUUCUCUCGUUCAUUCUGUCCUUUUAUUCUUCAACAUUAAUCUGUCAUUUCUGACUGGAGAAUCUAAGAAGAAUCCAUGACAUCUUUACGGUGUCUAAUCUAGGAAUUUCAAGGGUUCUCAGAAUUUAAACACCGUCUUCCUAAUUGUUAAUCAAAUUUUAGUACCCUUGCAAAAUAACCCUUUCCACCUUGUACAAUUAGAGCUCAAAAAGCUCUGGAUUUUUCACGGCGCAUAAUCUAUAUUUAUUCUCAUAUUCUCUCUCGCUCGCUCGCUCUCUCGCUCGCUCUGUUGUGCGCGCGCGCGUGUGCGUGCGUUUCCUUUCAUUUCUUGCAUUAGGAAACUCGUUCAGGGCCACUUAAAAGUCAGGAGAGGUUCACAUCUGAUUUUCCCUGGAUUCCUACCGCCAACGUUAGAUAAUAUCCGGUAAUAUUGCCACAAAAUAAGCAUGAGACUAUUAUUUUGGAGAAUCAACUAGCCUCUACCUUCCCCCCCCCAAAAAAAAAAAAAAAAAGCACCGGAGGAAAGAAGACAAGACUGGAAGGAAGAGGAGAAGGAAACCUUGUUCAUUAGCUGUGAAAGAAAGUGUGAUCAGGGGACGGGCUGGUGGGGGGUUCCAAGACCCUUCCUUCAGCACCGGAGGGAAUGGACAGCGUCUCUGGACUAGGCUGCAACCACAGGGACAGAACUGCACUGUCGCUGCUGUUGCUACUGCUGUCCUUGCCGCCACUGUCGUCUUCUUGGGCAGCUGGGCUCCCUGCUCCUCUCAGCUAAAAGGCGGUGCCUCCUAGUACCCCUGAGUUACUCUUCCCUUUUCUUUAUAGAGGAAAAGUAACCCUCCUUAACCACCUGACACAACUCUAAACAGGAUUCUGAGACGUUCUAUGUUCUGCAAAUUAAACUCUCAGCAACAACUUCGAGAAUAAUUUUCUACAGAGGGUUUAGAAGAAUGCAAGCAAAAGAGUGUGGAAGUUCUUAAAGGCUCUGGUAAAUCAUGGGCGCUGCAGCAGGGGUGGAAAUGCUCAAAGGCCCACACUUCUUGAAAUAAACAGAAUGUUCAUGAGAUGAUUGCUAUUGCUUUGGAAAUAGCUUUGUGAAAGGAAGUUCCAGAUCUACUCAAACGCUAGAGAAUUUGAAAAGACUUCUAAUUCCUUUCCUUGGCAGACUACUCUGCAGAAUGUUGAGAAUCCCAUAGAAGUAACUUCUGAAGAAGGAAUACGUUGCUUUAUGUUAUUCAACUGAGACCAUUAUUUUUCAAAGAAAGUAAUUACUAUUCCUGGUGCCAUAGCACAUGGAUUUCAGGACUGCCUGUGAAGAGACAAAGACAGGGAUUUGUUUGCUGCAGGAUGGUAAUCAGGAGCCUUUCAAAGUCCGACUACACCUAGCCAAAGAUAUUUUGAUGAUCCAGGAACAGGAUGUGAUAUGUGUGUCUGGUGAGCCUUUCUAUUCUGGUGAAAGAACGGUGACCAUUAGAAGACAAACUGUAGGAGGAUUUGGACUAAGCAUAAAGGGGGGAGCAGAACAUAAUAUCCCAGUUGUCAUUUCAAAAAUCUCCAAGGAACAAAGAGCGGAACUUUCAGGACUACUUUUUAUUGGGGAUGCAAUUCUACAGAUAAAUGGAAUUAAUGUGAGAAAAUGCAGACAUGAAGAAGUGGUUCAGGUUCUUCGGAAUGCUGGUGAAGAAGUAACCCUAACAGUCUCAUUUUUAAAACGAGCACCUGCUUUCCUCAAACUUCCACUGAAUGAAGACUGUGCAUGUGCUCCAAGUGAUCAAAGCAGUGGGACCUCCUCUCCUCUUUGUGACAGUGGUUUACAUCUCAACUAUCAUCCCAACAACACAGACACAUUAUCAUGUUCUUCAUGGCCAACAUCACCAGGUCUGAGGUGGGAAAAGCGAUGGUGUGAUCUUCGGCUGAUCCCUCUGCUUCAUUCACGCUUCUCUCAGUAUGUGCCUGGGACGGAUUUGAGUCGGCAGAAUGCUUUUCAAGUCAUUGCGGUGGAUGGAGUCUGCAGUGGGAUUAUUCAAUGCCUCUCUGCUGAAGACUGCAUUGAUUGGCUUCAAGCAAUAGCAACUAAUAUUUCAAAUCUGACAAAGCACAAUAUUGUAUACAUGGGCUGGUGUGAAGCACGGGAGCAGGAUCCACUACAAGAUCGUGUAUACUCUCCAACAUUUUUAGCUCUCAGGGGCUCAUGUCUCUACAAAUUUAUGGCACCUCCAGUAACUACCUGGGACUGGACCAGAGCAGAGAAAACAUUUUCAAUUUAUGAGAUUAUGUGCAAGAUUCUCAAGGACAGUGAUCUGCUGGACCAGCGGAAACACUGCUUCACUGUGCAGUCUGAGUCUGGGGAGGAUCUGUACUUCUCUGUGGAGUUAGACUAUGACCUUGCCCAAUGGGAAAGAGCCUUCCAAACAGCAACUUUUCUAGAAGUGGAGCGGAUACAGUGCAAGACGUAUGCAUGUGUGCUAGAAAGUCACCUAAUGGGACUCACCAUUGACUUUAGCACGGGAUUUAUUUGCUUUGAUGCUGCAACAAAGGCUGUACUUUGGAGAUAUAAAUUUUCUCAGCUAAAAGGUUCUUCAGAUGAUGGCAAAAGCAAAAUCAAAUUUUUGUUUCAGAAUCAAGAUACUAAACAGAUUGAAGCAAAGGAACUGGAAUUUUCAAAUCUAUUUGCUGUUCUUCACUGCAUUCAUUCAUUCUUUGCUGCCAAAGUAGCUUGUUUGGACCCUCUCUUUUUAGGCAAUCAGACUACAGCUUCUGCUGCUGCCAGCUCUGCUUCUACAAGCAAAGCAAAGUAUACAACUUGACAUACUGAGCUUUGUGCUGCCAUUUCCUAUAACUGUAUGGACAAUAUAAACAUCUUCAUCAUUUUAGACCUUAAAGAAACCAUGAUAUCACCAAGUCAAUAUAGAGUGAAUUGAAGUCUCACUAGGAAAAAAAAAAAAAAAAGAAGAAGGUCAUAGAGUUAUCAAAAGUAUUACUGCUCUAGAAGACACCUGUGAAUCAUCCUAAAUGAAUAAACAGCUUGUUGUCACUCAGCUGAUUUGUACCAGUACAGUGCUUUUAUCAAAAAAAAAGAAGAAUCAAUGUAUGUAAAUAAUAUAAAAAUUGUAAUCUACCUAUAAAUAAAAAUGCCAGUGAAAUGUCUAUUUCUGUAUUUUAGAUUAUUUUGUAUGAAAAACACUUGCUGGACCAGAUCAUUAACUAAUGAUCUAUCAUUUAAUAUGAGUGACAUAAAGGAGAUAAAUAAACAUAUGGCAUGCAAAAUAUCUUAUCAUAGAAGGCACUUUAAUUUGCUGAUGUAUAUUUCUCCUUGUAUACUCAUUUCAUGAUUUGAUGCUGUGUCUUUGAUUUUGUUUAUCUGAUUGUGAAAUAGUCCGAAGAACUGCAAAACAACAAUUGCAUUGAGACACAGUGUGAAAGGGACUACUUCUCCCUUGAAUCACCAAUACUAAAUGCUUUACUACUUGCCCAUGUUGACCAAAUAAACCAAAUUGUAUUAAUUUAAAUACAAAGUUAGAAACAUCCAUGGACCUCUUUUUCUCCAUUUUU